AUGACAAUGUCUAAAGCUGCGGUGGGCAUAGCCGUUGGUAUUGCUGGAUUAUUCGUUGGUUACUGCUUCUACUUUGAUAAAAAACGACGAAGUGAUCCAGAAUUCAAAAAUAAAUUACGCGAACGGAGAAAAGCUAAAAAACAAGCACAGAGAUCUGGCACGGUCAUUCCUGAUUUAAAAGAUCCCGAAGUCGUACAAAAGUUCUUCCUUCAACAAGUUCAGUUGGGCGAAGAGUUGCUUGCUAACGGUGACUUGGAGGGUGGAAUUGAGCAUUUGGCAAACGCUGUUGCUGUCUGCGGACAACCACAAGAACUCUUGAGAAGGCUCGUAUCACAAACUACGAUGGCUGAUGAAGAUGUUGAAUAA